AUGGAUGGUCAAGAGAGUAGCGAUGCUGUUUACAAAAAGGUAGCAAAUAGUGUCGAGGAUCUAACGACUGUAACGAACAAAAGGCGAGGUGAGUACUUCCGGUUUAACAUAGAAUUCCGUAGCCAGCAGCCCCGUUUGGACGACUCAAGCAAGAUACCUGAAAUGAAGGCCCUCGCACAAGGAGAAGUGGCGCUUCAACUAAGCCAGCUAGAUCAGCUUGCACACUGCCUCAUCGCGGAGUUCUUCGUGUUUGAGCUAGAAGCCAAUUCUCCUGCAUUUAACGCCUUGCUAAGACGAUUGACGGGAUUGUCGGCGGCAUUUCUCCUUCGAGGUCGCAUGCUCCCAGGCUCCGUCCAAGACCGAUCAUCUCUUGCAAGAGAUGGAAACUUUAGGAAGAGGGUGUGUUUUGACGUCAAUAGCAAAGAAGAUUUAGUUUCGCUACAACUUCAGGAAAGAGGCUCUGAACCUUAUCACAUCAGUGGUUCUCCAUUCGCAGUUAACUGGUUGAUAGAAGCACAGGGAUUGGGACUGCCUUUUGAGAGGUAA